UCUUGUCCUGUUUUCUUAUCCUCUCGGCCUCCGAUCUAGUCACGCCGCGCUCGGUCGCCGGAAGCCUAGCAUUCUCUUCUUCUAUUUUUGUUAAAUAAUGAGAGAAAUCCUUCACGUUCAGGGUGGACAAUGUGGGAACCAGAUCGGUUCUAAGUUCUGGGAAGUGGUAUGUGAUGAGCACGGUAUCGAUCCAACUGGACGAUACACUGGAAACUCUGAUCUGCAACUGGAGCGUGUGAAUGUCUAUUACAACGAGGCUUCUUGUGGGAGAUUUGUGCCACGCGCGGUGCUUAUGGAUCUGGAGCCAGGUACCAUGGACAGUGUCAGGACUGGUCCAUAUGGUCAGAUCUUCAGGCCUGAUAACUUUGUUUUUGGUCAAUCUGGUGCGGGUAACAACUGGGCUAAGGGUCAUUACACUGAGGGUGCUGAACUCAUUGAUGCUGUUCUGGAUGUUGUGAGAAAGGAGGCUGAGAACUGUGAUUGUCUCCAAGGUUUUCAGGUUUGCCACUCUCUUGGUGGAGGAACGGGUUCUGGGAUGGGAACUUUGCUGAUUUCUAAGAUCAGGGAAGAAUACCCUGACAGGAUGAUGCUUACCUUCUCUGUCUUCCCAUCGCCAAAGGUUUCAGACACAGUGGUUGAGCCUUAUAAUGCCACCCUUUCUGUCCAUCAGCUUGUUGAGAAUGCUGAUGAAUGCAUGGUCCUGGAUAAUGAGGCCUUGUAUGAUAUCUGCUUCCGUACUCUAAAGCUAACCACCCCCAGCUUUGGUGAUCUGAAUCAUCUGAUCUCUGCAACCAUGAGUGGUGUUACUUGCUGCCUUAGGUUCCCUGGGCAGCUUAACUCUGACCUCCGUAAACUUGCAGUGAAUCUAAUUCCCUUCCCCCGUCUGCACUUCUUUAUGGUUGGAUUUGCUCCUCUAACCUCACGUGGUUCUCAGCAGUACCGGGCAUUGACUGUCCCUGAACUCACCCAGCAGAUGUGGGAUGCCAAGAACAUGAUGUGUGCUGCUGAUCCACGACAUGGUCGCUACCUCACGGCCUCAGCCAUGUUCAGGGGCAAGAUGAGUACCAAAGAGGUUGAUGAACAGAUGAUUAAUGUCCAGAACAAGAACUCUUCCUACUUUGUCGAGUGGAUUCCAAACAAUGUGAAGUCCAGUGUCUGUGAUAUUCCUCCUAGGGGUCUCUCCAUGGCUUCAACCUUCAUUGGUAACUCAACCUCCAUCCAGGAGAUGUUCAGGCGUGUUAGUGAGCAAUUCACUGCCAUGUUCAGAAGAAAAGCUUUCUUGCACUGGUACACUGGGGAAGGAAUGGAUGAAAUGGAAUUCACUGAAGCUGAAAGCAACAUGAAUGAUCUUGUAUCUGAAUAUCAACAGUACCAGGAUGCAACUGCUGAUGAGGAGUAUGAAUAUGAGGAUGAGGAGGAAGGUGUGGCCGAUGACAUGUAAGAUGACAUGUAAGAGACAAAAAUAAAAGCCUUCAAUAUCCUGCUGCUCUAGAGAGGGAGGAGAAAUUUAGCAUCUUUUGGGUUGGCCAUCCAUUGCUUAGUGGAAGUGGAAAAUUGCAUAUUUUCCUUCUGGUUUAAGUAGUUAAAUAUUUGUAUUCGAGAUAUGUUAAAACUAGUCUUUUUUUCCUUCUUCAUCCUGCUUAUGUUUGAAUUCUAGCCUUUAUCCAGGGUUUCAUUCACUUUCUGAUAAUGAAGUAGCAUUAUAAUGCCCC